AUGUCAAGUCAAAGUUUUGCUAUCGUCGGUCACUCUUGCCGCUUUCCCGGAGGAGCUGAUUCUCCGUCGGCAUUUUGGAGCCUCUUGAUGGCGGGAGCUCAAGCGAUCGACGAGAUCCCGGAACGGUGCUUUGACAUCAAACAGUUCUACACCGAGUCCCAAGAGCGCGGCCGGGAUUAUCGACGCAUGGGUGUACGCAAUGCAGCCGUGAUAGACGAUGCAGAUACGUUCGAUGCUGCGUUUUUCGGCAUGAGCAAGCGUGAAGCUCGCGUAAUGGACCCCCAGCAACGCAAGCUACUAGAAGUGGCGCAUGAAGCUGUUGAAGCUUCGGGCUACUGCAACACGUCUCAUCUAGUCAGCAAUGCGCCAGAGACUUUUGGUGUAUAUGUGGCUGCAGCUACCGACGAUUACAUUGCCAAUCUCGAGUGUCAAGAGGUUGACGUCUUCUAUUCGCCUGCCACGUUGCGCGCCUUUAUGGCUGGUCGGAUUUCGCACCAUUUCGGCUGGUCGGGUCCCAGCAUCGUGGUGGAUACUGCGUGCUCUUCGUCGCUCGUAGCUCUUCACAUGGCUUGUCGCGCUAUUCAGACGGGCGACUGUCGAGCUGCUCUGGUGGCCGGAGUCAACAUUAUUUCAAGUCCGCUCACCAUGCUGGGACUUUGGAGGGGCCACUUUCUCAGCCCAGACGGAAAGUGCAAGACCUACGAUGCAUCAGCAGAUGGCUACGGUAGGGCGGAAGGCGUUGCCGCUUUCGUUGUCAAGAAGCUCCAAGACGCUGUCCAUGAUCAAGACUGCAUCGAGGCAGUCAUUUGUGGAACAGCUCUCAACCAAUCUGGACUUGCCGUAUCUAUCACACAUCCGCACGUUGAAACCCAGCACGCACUCUUUAAAAAGCUCCACCAGGAUACGCGCAUCUCCCCGGAUCAGGUCGGCUACGUCGAGAUGCACGGAACAGGAACCAAAGCUGGCGAUCGUUGCGAGAUGGCCAGUGUGACCAGCUUAUACGGUUCUACGAGCAACCAGCCAGCUGCCUCGGGCGUCACUGCGGGACGUCGCGUGCCGUUGAUGGUCGGCAGUGUCAAGGCAAACGUCGGUCACGCUGAAGCGGCAGCGGGCUUUGCUGGACUUUGCAAGCUUCUGGGUAUGCUCAAGCACUUUCAGAUUCCUCCCCAGGUUAGUCUCAAGACUUUGAACCCGGAACUGCGAGCACUGGUCGAAACUCACAAGGUGCAAAUCCCUACAAGUGCGACCGAAUGGCCUCGACCUCCAAACGGAGCCCCACGAGUCGCGCUACUCAACUCUUUUGGAGCUGCUGGCUCCAAUGCUAGCGCAAUCCUGAUGGAGCACGUUACUGUCCCGCCUUCGUCUUCGACUCUUAGAGCCAGAGAAAAUGCGCAUGCAGAUUCGCUGUUCUGCCUGUCUGCCCGCACGUCCCAUGGUAUGCACAAGCUGAUUUGCGACUAUCUUGUCUGGAUCCGUGCCUCUAGAAAUGCUUGCAACGAUGAACUGGGAUCCAGGCUAUGCUACUCGACUUGCGCGAGGCGCAUUCACCACCCGCACUACCGAUUGGCUUUCUCGGUUCCCGGCGCCAAUUUGGACAUGAUCGAAGGCAAGCUUGCUUCAGCCUUGGAUCGGUUCGAUGCGGGCGAAAAGCUCGAGCGAAUCGGUAAAGCGUCAGCACCCGUGGUCGGUCUCCUCUCCACACACCUGGACAUUUCCAGCUUUGCCCGCCAGAGGCUUUGGUCAGAUAAGCUCUUCAAACGAUUUUGGGAUGAAACGGUUCAGGCUCUUCCCACUAGCCAGACUCAGUACAUCUCUGAUCUGCUCUGCUCGUCCUCAAGGCGUGAGAAGAAAGCUCUCUCACUCGUAAGAAAUAUCGCCACGCUCAAGACUUGGAGCGCAUGGAGUGUUGACAACCUGCGCAUCGCAGCCCCCACACAUGAGAGCCAACUCGCAUGGAAAGUGUACACAGGUGCUAUCCCAUUGCAGGACGCGCUGGAGCAAAGCAUGAACAUCGAGGCUAGCGUCUCCGACCUUGCUCUAGCACCGCUCUACAAGCUGAAAACCGCCGAAAUAGACACCGACUUGCAGAUUUCGAGACCAAAGAGUAUCGUCAUUCUCACAGACAACAAAGUCGGUCUGAUCGCAAAGCUCGACACGCAAGAAGCACUUGACCAGGCUUUCGACCAACUAGAAUCAAUGUCCAUGUGGGAAAUUCUGGCAGCGCUGUAUACUUACGGAGCCCAAAUCGAUUUCGAACAGCUCCUAGCUAUCGCAGGUCAGCAAGUCUCACCUCUAUCCGAUUUGCCGCUCCAUUCGUUUGCAAAGGACCGCUACUGGGUGUCCUACCAGGCCAAGGUGGCACAGGCUGCAUUACAGAAGCAGCAAAUCCAGACGAAUGGUGCUUCCGCCGAGACGUUGGUCGCAGCAGCAGCAAGUGCCCACGGUCAAGCUAGCCCAUCUACGGAAACCGCAAAAAAGCGCUAUCAAGUCGAGGCUUGUCAGAUACACUCUGUGCGCGAACAAGGUAUUUCAGCUUAUGUCUUGCCUGUCCGUGAAGUCAAGGACGAGAUACUGGGUCACAAGGUCGCAGGAGUUGGGAUGUGCCCGGCUUCUGUCUACCACGAGAUGAUGCUGGCAUCCGCCGAGAAGCACCUGAAUGCCUGUAGCGAAACAGCACACUCCAAUCCGAACAUCUUGGAGCUGGCCGACGUCCAUUAUUCGGCGCCUCUCCGGUACGACGAAGCGAAUCCAGGCUCGAUCAUCUGCCAGCUGAAACGAAUCACUGAGCUCGAAAACGAUCGAGGGAUGGUAUACUCAGUGACGAUCUUGUCCUCUUGUUUAUCGUGCAGCGGCAAGAAUCAAGUUACCAGCCACGCGUCGGCGUCUCUUGCUGUGAAACCGAUGGGCGCCGACUCGACAAUCGAUGUCGCGAGAAUCGUAACACCAUCUCCACCGGUGCUUUCCACUGCACAGAAGGAUCUAUACGCUACAUUUGCUGACAGAGUGGUAGAUUAUUCCGACUUGUACCAGACAAUUGCAAGUCUUCGGACGACAAAGGAUGCUACGAAUGGCGAAGCAACUCUCACCGAUCAGGCGAAAGAGCGGAUCCACAAGCAGAUGUGGUCUGGAGAGUAUGUUCUCAGUCCGAUCCUGCAAGACACGCUUCUCCACGCAUGCGGCUACAUGGCGCACACAUCACCGCAGUAUCAGAGCAAUGUCGUCUUUAUCGCUCAAAGUGUUGGAAAGGUGCGAUAUCUUGACAUGGCCAGCAAGCAUGACUCGGUCCAGCAGAUCGCAGUAGAGCUACAGUGGGAUGCUAGGACGUCAUCGUUUUUGGCGAGUGCUCAGGCUCUUUCGCUGAACGGCAGAGUCAUCGUCUCGGUCGAUAAGAUCCGUUUCAAGAAGCUCUCCAAGCGGUCUUUCUUUUCAGUGUUGAACGGAUCAACCUGCAUCAGUGCUGCACAUGUCGCUCCCAUGCCUGCAGAGGCGGUGUGCCGAAGCGCAGCGGAACGCAACAGUUCAGACACCAACACUUCAGACACGAUCGCAAGUCCACAUGCGAAGAAGGUAUCUGGCCGGCCUACAAACAUGCUCCCAAAGAUCAUCAGCACAAUUGCACUCGCGACGGGCAUCAACGAGAAUAGCAUAGAUCCCAAAAGCACUCUCGAAGAGCUCGGUGUAGAUUCGCUGCUCUUCAUCGAACUCAUCUCGUACCUCAACAAGAGCGUUGGUAAGCAGUUUGCCGCAAGAUUCGAAGAGAUCGGAAUCGACUCCGGAUUGACCAUUGCAGAUCUCGCCCAACUCGCCAGCUCAGACGAUGGCCUUGGAGCAAAGGAUCGAGACACUGACGUUGUGCAAAGCGCAUCACCGACACCGCUGGUCGAGGCAUUUGACAGCAGCUCAGCGGCAGCUAUGGAGUAUCCUGGCAUUCCUCAGAAGGAAGUUGUUACUCAAAAUAGCAAAGCUGCAGAAGUUCAAGCUGCCGAAGUUUUGGCCAGGAUCCUUGGCACGUCAACAGCUGGGCUGGCCGAUCAGCACGGCGCAACCCUCGAAGAACUAGGAUUGGACUCUCUUGGCAUUCUUGAGCUCGUACAGGCCCUUCGUACAGAAUUUGGGACAGCACAGCUCGACGUUGACUUAAUUUCGAACGACGUCACUUUCCAGGAGUACUUGAGCGCUGUUUGCCCGCCAAAGCCAGAGAAAGCAGCUCAAGAGUCGAUAAGAGACGCUGAUAUUUCAGUGAAGGCCACUGCGCACGCUCAGACCAGCACGCUGCGCCCUGUAGUCGAAGGCGGGAAGAAGGCGAUCACACUCGACCAGAACCACAAGCCUACUGUGCCGAUCUCGACCGCAGCAGACAGCUGGCACAGCAUCUCGAGCACCGACGCACAGUUCCUGCGCAAAGCGCUUCGCAUGGAGCAGAAUCCGGUACGUAUCCGUGUUGGCAACAGUUCAGGAGCAGCACCGCUGUUCCUCUGCGCCGAUGGCUCCGGGAUCGCAACUACAACAUGCUCACUUCCUGCGGAUCAGACUCGGGACAUCUGGAUCCUGCACCAUGAGCGCAUGUGGGAUCCGUCGGCUGGCUCCUUGGACAUUGUCGAGCAUGCCUCAAUGCUGGCGGAUAGGAUUGAUUCGGUCUAUCGAGACGGUGGCUUGAUCAUGGGCGGUUGGUCGUUCGGAGGUGUACUGGCAUGGGAAGUUGGCUACCAGCUCAAGGACCGAUCCGGCUCGGAGCGUGUUCUAGGCACCGUGGCCAUCGAUUCGCCAUGUCCUUUGGAUCACACACCCCUGGACGCUACGAUCAUUGCUUCGCUCAUGCCUCAGACGCGCUCCACGCCAAAUGGAGUCGACGAUCGCAGUCACUCGGACAAGGUCGAUCGUCUUUCUGGGCUGACGCGCCAGCUCAUCAAAGCGUCCUUCCUUCGUUCUGGUGCUGCCAUGGUCGGCUAUGCCAAGCGCGCUAAGCUUGACGCGAAUACGGCGCUCGGAUCCGUCCUAGAGUCGAACAAAUCGACCAACGGUACUGCCACCUUGGACUUGUGCCUGCUUCGAAGUCGAGAAUCCUACUGGACUUGCAACCUCAGCGAGAGCGACUUUGAAAGACACGGCUGGCUUCUCAAACGCAACUGCUAUGGUGGCGAGCAGCAGAACUAUGCUACGUUGGGAUGGGAUCACAUCGGACAAUUGACCAUGUGCUGCGAGAUUGCAGGCAACCACUUUACGCCUUUUGCAAAGCGCAAUGUAGCCAGUCUUUCGACCGAGCUGGAGAAGGUGUGUUCUUUCUUGGCCGGGCCAUAG